AUGGCUCUCGCCCCAGUGGCAACGGUAGCCGCCUGCGGCAGCAUCCUCACGGCCGUCAAGUCAGGAUGGGAGCUGUCCCGAAUGAUCAAGAAGAAGGACCUCGAGAAGCGGCUGGACAAGGAAGCCAAGACGGUUGUUCGCGACCUCCAGAACUCGUACCUUGACGGACUCAUGUCGGAGAGGUCGUUUGAGAAGUGGUAUGACCGGAUCGUGGGUGCUCUCGCAGAGAAGGACGGCAUGGAGCUUCGCAAAGUCCGCCAGCACAUCGACCUUGUGCGGUCAUCCAAGGACCGUAUAACACGCAGCAACACGCGAGCGAACCGCAGCAGCAGCUAUUACUACGAGGAGAAGCAGCCCCACCAUCAACACCACCACCACCACCAUCACAGCCACCGACGGCCGCACUCAGUAGACAGGUACUCGGAGUACACGCGGUACGAGGAGAAGCAACGGCGACCCAAGUAUGAUCAUGGCAGCCACCACAACCCGAACCUGAGCCUGGACACGGACAAGGCGCAGCGUGAGUACUAUUACUCCCACGCUCUGCCGUCGCCGUGCAAGGGGGAGAUCGAGUACACACCACUCAACGGGGAGUUCGACGAUGCGCGGAGCCACGCGGGAUCCGAGCGCAGGGGCCGCGGCAAGGGCCACCACGGCGACAAAAAGGAGGAGUACGUGUCGCGCAGCACCAGCACCGUCGACCGAGGUCGUACGCGGUCGCGGAGCGUGCACCAGGAGCGGCGGACGCGGGACAGUAGUGCCGACGCCGACUCGGAGGCUGAGGAGGUGCGUAAAAGAACGCGGAGACCGAUGAGGCGGAUCAUGAUCGGGGAUGAGGUGCGCCUCGUGCCCAAGCUGGUGCCGACGGAGGUGGAGCUUAGAGAAAAUGGUGAUGAUCCAGAUGAGUUGUUUCGUGAGAUGGAUGAGAUGCUGGACGUGGCGAUUGCACUUGGUGAUUUUGGCGAGGGCAUCGGCGCUCUGGGCGAUAUCUUUGAGGUUCUGGGGUCGCUUGGGGAUUUGGAUUUGGAUUUGGAUGUGUGA